AUGAGCCAGCCAGAGAUGGGCGACGAGUGCUGGAAGAAUACGGUUCUUGGUACUCCAGGAAUGGUUGCUCUUGACCUAGAUGCAACACUGAAGGGCCUUUUUCAUCAAGUCCUCCAUUGUCUGGAGAACAUUCCAAAACCUCAGGGGGAAAGUGUUCCUGCCAUUACCGCUGACUUGACUGAUUUGCGUAAGCACUGGCUCUCCAUUUUGAUGAUAGUCACGUCUUCACGAUCCUCGAUAAACAUUAAGCACCUGGAGAAGGCUACUGUGUCUACUGGGAAGGAAGGUUUGGUGUCAGAAGGCAAUGCUGCAUAUAAUUGGUCAAGAUGUGUGGAUGAACUUGAGAGCCAACUCUCCAAACAUGGAAGCCUUAAAAAACUGUACUUUUAUCAUCAGCAUCUUACCACUGUUAACAAAAUUGGCAGAGAUUCUAUCUCUUAUGUGGAGUCCCUUAUUGAGUCUAUCAUGGGUGGAUUGGAAGGUUUGAUAAAUAUUCUAGAUUCAGAAGGUGGAUUUGGCUCAUUAGAGAUGCAUCUUUCCCCAGAGCAAGCAGCUCUUCGCUUAAAUAACACAACAAGAGCAAAAGGUGUUUCAAGCUUGUUAACUCCAGGAUAUGAGAGCUAUCCUGAUAAUAGUUCAUCAAUCAAGAUGCUGGAAGCCGCUAUGCAAAGACUGACAAGUUUGUGCUCUGUUCUAAAUGACAUGGAGCCUAUUUGUGUUCUCAACCAUGUUUUUGUUCUACGCGAGUACAUGAGAGACUGCAUCGUAGGAAAUUUCAGGAGAAGAUUUCACAGUAUGAUUAGAACUGAGAACUGCAUUCAGCGACCAUCAAUCAUAGAAUCUCUUCUAAGAAGACAUCUGGGCAUCAUCCAUCUAGCAGAGCAGCAUAUUAGUAUGGACCUUACUGAAGGCAUACGUGAAGUGCUGCUAGCAGAGAGCUAUACUGGUCCAUUUCCCAAUCUGCAAAUGUUUGAGACUCCAGUGGGGACACAAGGAGGGGGAUCUGCUGUUGAGAUGAUAUGCAAUUGGAGCUCACAACCUAUUGGUGGUGGAUGUUUAGCUGAAGCAUUUACAGAUAAAAGAGAACUUAAAUCACUUGUUCAUCUUUUUGGUGGCUAUGGAAUAGAUAAAAUGGAUAAGAUGCUGAGGGAGCAUACAUCUGCGCUUUUAAAUUGUAUUGAUUCAUCAUUGAGGUGUGUAAGUGCUGUGGUUGGGGGAAGCGAAUACACCAGGGUCGAAAGGGAGCAGCGAAUAAAUUCUCUUUCAAAUGGGCAUACAGAUGAGCUGCAAGAGGCUGAGUUACCAAGCCGUGUCUCAGCAGAAGCAAAUAUUAAAUCUUCUAUGCAGAUCUACGUCAAAUUGUCUGCAGGGAUCGUCCUGGACUCAUGGAACGACACUAGCAGGCCGCACAUCGUUCCAAAGCUGAUAUUCCUGGAUCAACUCUGCGAGCUGUCCCCCUACCUCCCAAGGAGCACCUUAGAAGUUCACAUACCAUACACCAUCCUGCGCUCAAUAUACCACCAGCUAUACGGAGCCUCACUGAUGGCCUCGGAACAGAUGGAGCAAUCCCCAAGGCAGUCACCUCUGAUCUCUCUAACGCACGCGUCCCCAUCUGCAAGACAAAAUCGACCAGAGACAACUCCCAGGUCCCACACUUUCGAGCCAAGCUACUACAGCUCGUCGGGGUCCCAGCACGAUGAUGGCUACGAUGUGGAUAAGAGGACUGGACAGCUGCGGAGCAUGAGGCGCUCUGGACCGCUCGACUUCAGUGCGAGCAGAAAGGUGAAGUUCGUCGAGGGCUCAAGCUCCGGAAGCAGCUAUGGGGCUGGCUCGCUGCAGAGAUUCGCAGUGUCGAGAUCUGGCCCUCUAUCAUACAGAUAG